UAUAAUGGAAGUAUAUGGAAAAAAAAUAGCAGUGCCUGACCUCUAUCUCGACGACAACAACAACAAUAAAAUGGCGUCGAAGAGGAAACCGGAUUCGCAAGUACCGUCGGAGGAGAGCGAUCAGCUUCUUAUUCGACCACUAGGUGCUGGACAAGAAGUAGGCAGAUCAUGUCACAUGCUGGAAUUUAAGGGGAAGAAAAUCAUGCUUGAUUGUGGGAUUCAUCCAGGAUUGAAUGGUUUUGCAUCGCUGCCAUUUCUGGACCUUGUUGAUAUUGAAGAGAUAGAUCUUAUACUUGUCAGUCACUUUCAUUUGGAUCAUUGUGGAGGUCUGCCAUAUUUCCUGGAAAAGACAGGGUUCAAAGGUCGUUGUUUCAUGACUCAUGCUUCAAAGGCUAUAUACAGGUGGUUGCUAUCAGAUUAUGUCAAAGUCAGUAACAUAGGGACAGAUGACAUGCUUUAUACAGACAAAGAUAUAGAAAACAGUAUGGAUAAGAUUGAAACAAUCAACUUCCAUCAGGAAGUGGAAGUUGGGGGUGUGAAGUUCUGGUGCUAUACCGCUGGUCAUGUGUUAGGUGCUGCCAUGUUUAUGAUUGAAAUUGCAGGUGUAAAGGUAUUAUAUACUGGGGAUUUCUCAUGCCAGGAGGACAGGCAUUUAUGUUCAGCAGAAAUACCCAGCGUACAUCCAGAUGUUGUUAUAACAGAAUCUACAUAUGGUACGCACAUACAUGAAGACCGAGAGGAUAGGGAGUCCAGAUUUACCGGUCUCGUACAUGAUAUUGUCACUCGUGGAGGUCGAUGUCUCAUUCCAGUGUUUGCUUUGGGAAGAGCUCAGGAACUCUUGCUUAUUCUUGAUGAAUAUUGGACCAAUCAUCCCGAGUUACAUGACGUUCCAAUUUACUAUGCGUCUUCAUUGGCAAAGAAAUGUAUGAGUGUAUAUCAGACAUAUGUAAAUGCCAUGAAUGAUAAAAUAAAGAAACAGAUCUCUAUAAGCAACCCAUUUGUGUUCAAACAUAUAUCCAAUCUCAAGAGCAUGGAACAUUUUGAGGAUAUUGGACCUUCAGUAGUACUGGCAUCUCCUGGUAUGAUGCAGAGUGGAUUAUCGAGGGAGCUGUUUGAAAACUGGUGUACAGACAAACGUAAUGGUGUCAUAAUUGCUGGCUAUUGUGUGGAGGGAACAUUAGCAAAGACGAUAUUGUCAGAACCCGAGGAGAUUAUGACUAUGGGAGGGCAGAAGUUACCUCUGAAAUGUUCCGUGGACUACAUCUCAUUCUCAGCUCACACAGACUACAAACAGACCAGUGGAUUCCUGAGGACACUGAAGCCUCCACAUGUGGUAUUAGUUCAUGGAGAGCAGAAUGAGAUGGCUAGAUUGAAAGCAGCGUUGUUACGAGAGUAUGAGGAUGAUACAGAGUACCAGAUGCAGGUUCAUAAUCCCAGAAAUACUGUCGCAGUGGAGCUACAUUUUAGAGGAGAGAAAAUGGCUAAGGUUGUAGGUAGACUUGCAGCACAGAAACCACAAGAUGGAGAACAAAUUUCUGGAAUACUUGUAAAGAGAAACUUUAAUUACCAUAUAAUGGACCCAGCAGACCUCUCAAAUUACACAGAUCUGGCAAUGAGCACAGUUACGCAAAGGCUGAGUAUAAAAUACACUGGCACUCUGGCAUUGUUACAGUAUUACCUGAACCAACUAGCGGGAGAUGUGGAGAAAUUUGAGUCUCAGAAAGAUAAAACUGUGUUACGUGUGUUUAAGACAAUAAAUGUGAUUCUUGAGCAUAAACUGGUCAUUAUAGAGUGGUUGUCUAAUCCUGUGACUGAUAUGUACGCAGACGCCGUUGUUACUGUUGUUCUACGGGCUGAAACAGAUCCGUUACGUCACAAAGUUGUACCCCAGGCUAUCAAAGUAGAUAAAAGUCACAUCCAGGAAUGCUUAUUAGAGAUGCUUACGGACAUGUUUGGGAAAGAAUGUAUUGGCAAAUUGAUACGUGGCAAUAAUAUAUCUGUGACAGUAGACGACAAAGUAGCACUGGUUAAUGUGGAAACUAUGGAAGUGAAGUGCGAAGACAGUGAUUUGCAGUCAGUGAUUCAAACAGCAGUAACAAAAUUACACCAGGCCAUCGCUCCAGUGAAACCCAUGUCUAGUUUGGUCCCUUCCACAUCAUCACAGAUAACUGCAGUCGGAUUAAAAAGUGAUAAAUGAACACUCGUGCAGAAAGAUCAUAUUGUAUUCACCCUUCAUAACAUUAUGUAGUGCUUAAAGUAACUUGGUGAAAGAGUGGACAAAUUCUAACUGGUUGCCUGUAAAAAAUACGACCACUUAGUGCUACUGACAUUUGAUAAAUAAUGAGUCAUUGCAGUUUGAUGUACAGUGUUGUGUUACAGUGUUGGUGCAGAAAAACAUAUUUCAAUCUUUUAAAUGGAUUAAAAAUGACGUUUCGGCAAAAUACAGGGAUGUACAUUAUAACCGAAUUCAUGGAUGUUUAAAAUAUGUACAUUCUUUUGAGUGUGUAGACUAUCAUACCAAUUCUUGGCAUUUUCUAGGGACCUUUGUUGCCAAGUGGUUAAAUGCUGACUGAGUCACUCGUUUUUGUUGGUUCAUGACUUUGUUUCAGGUGUCAAAUUCUUCAUGUGAGGAAGCCAUCCUGCUGGCUUAUGAAAGGGCAGUGGUUCUACCUAGGUACUCAUCCAUGCCUAAAAAUAAUGGCUGGAGGGGCACAACAGGUCUUCCUACACCAUAAAAAGCUGGAAUAGUCGCAGUUUGACUAAAUUGUUUGCGACUCUAAAACCUACAGAAAUCUGCAAAUCCCAAUUUUUCAGCAAUACUGGUAGUUGGUAUACGCUCUUGACCUUUGAUUGAGGCCUCAGUGGCCAGAUACAGACUUAUUGCUUGUCCCUCAGCUCUGUUGCUUUGAUCCCUACUCAGUCUGGUUUUCAUAUGGGGAAGCUAUUUAGGUGGCUUGACGAAGGCCAGUGGUUCUACCCAGGUGUCUGUCAGUGUCAGAAAAUGGGUACCUGGGGGGUCUUCCUCUGCCAGUCAAGCUGGACAUUACGGUAUAACAGGAACUGUUAACCAGAGUAUUAAAUAAUCUUUACUGGAGGUCAUUUUAAACUGGCCUGUAAUCGUGUUGCAAUUUUCAGUGAGAUGUGCUUAUAAUCUGCCAGUUAAGGAAGUUCUGAGAAAAGUCAUUGUCUGUAUCACAGAUAAAAUCUUACCAAUGACUAUCAAAAGAUUUUCUGAAUCAUAAACCCGAUCUAUGGUGUGAUACACCAGCACUUUCAAGUCAGACAACUGUGGUCUACAGUUGCUUGAAACAGUCUUGAGUUACAGUUGUGCAAACUUUAAAUAAAAAAAUAUGUCAAAAAAAAAA